AACCCAAAGGGUGUCUAUGUAUUCUGUAAGCCUAUUCCACCGCAUAGAGGGAGAAACUUGCCGAACUGAGAGAAAACAAGAGUCUAAAAGAGUUGAGGUUGCCGCCGGCAAGGAGGUACCACUCUUCCUAGUUCAUGGGUUCUGUAGCUUUCAGAGCCGAUGAUUUAGCACAAACUGGGAAGGCUCUAGGAUUACAAUGCUGCCUUUGGAGCUGUUGCUGUUGCAAUGAAUUCAGAUCACCAGCAAAAAUCUGAUUUUAAAUCAGGGCAGCAAAAGAAAAGGAUUAGUUGCAAAAAUGGCUGCAGAGAUUUGAGCUACUCAAGUAAUGGGUUCGCAUUCCAGAUGACCUUCCUUUUCUUCUCCACCUGUCGAUUACGGUUACGAGUGGCUGAUAUAUCAAUUGCCCGGUUCCAUGAUCAUGCUUUCAGAGGUCCCCGCCAUGGAGAGAUAGCCCUAGAUCGCUCUGAUGCUUGGGUUAUUAAGGUUGUAUAUACUCUAUGUGUUCGUUCAAGUUCUAUUGAUUCUUGCUUGCAUUAUUUCAGUAAGGUUUUGAAUCCCUCGAUUACUUACGGGGUCAUUAAACGCUUGAACGAUCCAAAGUUGGCUUUGAAAUUGUUUGAACUUAGUAGAGUGAAGUUGGAGCUUAACCAUUCUGUGAACACUUAUAAUUUUCUAGUGAAGUCACUUUGUCAAGUGGGACUCCACGAUGCGGCAAAAUUGGUUUUUGAUUGCAUGAGAAGUGAUGGGUAUUCACCAGAUGGUUUCAUUUUGGGGUUUUUGGUAUCUUCUUGUUCACAAGCGGGCAAGUUCAAUAUUUCCAAAGAAUUGCUUAUUCAAGCUCAAGGCAUUGGAAGAAGUGUGAACCCAUAUGCAUGUAAUAAACUAUUGGAUUUUUUGGUUAAAAGUAAUCAGGUAGAUGAGGCUGUUUGUUUCUUUAGAGAGCUUUCAAAGUCAUGCUUCUGUCCAGAUACUUGCACUUUUAAUAUUCUUAUCAAAGGCUUGUGCAGAUUAGGAGAAGUGAAUAAGGCUUUUGAGUUUUUUAAUAACAUGGGCAAUUUUGGAUGCUGUCCUGAUGUUGUUACCUAUAACACGCUUAUAAAUGGAUUGUGUAGGACUAAUGAGUUAGAUAGAGGGCAUGGGUUGCUAAAGGAAAUUCUAUCAAAACAGGGUUGUUCACCAGAUGUUGUGACUUACACAUCUGUCAUAUCAGGUUAUUGCAAGUUGGGCAGGAUGGAAGAAGCUUCCAAUCUUUUAGAUGAGAUGGUCUGUUCUGGAACCAAACCAAAUUUGAUUACUUACAACGUUAUUAUUGAUGGUUUUGGUAAGGCUGGUGAUAUGGAGUCAGCUGCAGCCAUUUAUGAUGAGAUGCUUCUUCGGGGAUGUCUUCCCGAUGUGGUUACAUUCAGUUCCUUGAUUGAUGGUUACUGUCGAAGUGGGCAAGUUGAUCAGGGUUUAAAGCUUUGGCAUGAAAUGGGCAACCGAAGUCUUUGCCCAAAUGAAUAUACUUUUGCUAUUCUCAUUAAUGCUUUGUGUAAAGAGAAUAGACUACAUGAAGCUCGUGAAUUUCUGAGUCAGUUGAAGUGGAGGAAUAUAAAUCCCCAACCGUUUAUGUACAACCCUGUGAUUGAUGGUUUCUGUAAGGCAGGCAAUGUAGAUGAGGCAAAUUCGAUUGUUGCAGAAAUGAAGGAGAAGCAAUGCAAGCCAGAUAAAUUGACAUUUACUAUUUUAAUAAUUGGGCAUUGUGUGAAAGGGAGAAUAGCUGAAGCAAUCAGUAUUUUCCAUAAGAUGUCAAGUACUGGUUGUAUCCCGGAUUCUAUUACUAUCAAUUCUUUGAUAUCUUGUCUUGUGAAGGCUGGCAUGCCUAAUGAAGCAAAUCAGAUUGUGCUAACUCUGGAGAAGAACUUUGGCUUGGGUUUAUCAUCUUCAAGAAAAGCCUUUGCACAAAUGGCUAUUCCUGUGGCUCUUUAGUGGAAAAUUUGAGCUAAAGUGUCCCUGAACCUGAAGUUGAUGGUGAGCUCAAUGGCUGCCUGGAGGUCCUUGAAGCAUUACAUUUGAAGCAUCUUCAGCUUGUGGAUUUUUUAUUAUAGAUGGUUGAUAUAUAAUUGAGUCAAACUGAAACCUACAGAGAGAGUUUUAUCAACCAAAUCGGAAGAAGGUUGCUGCUGGACUGUCUCUUGAGAGGUUGAAGACAAACUCAGAAUGGGGAGAACAAGGGAGCAUUGAGAGAUCAGAUUGCUACAAACUCAUUUUCGUAAUGUUCAGACUUUCGGAUAUCCGUUAUUGAAAUUAUGGCAAUUCAAGGUUCUUGUAUGCCUUAAUUCCUAUUACACACCCAUACAUGAUGCAUGUCCACAAUAUGGUGAUCCAAAGUAUGUAAUGUUCAGGUCAAAGGCAUAUAGUUUUCUUGUUAUUCAUUUAUUGUAACCUUUUAAAUUUUUGAAAACAAGGAAAGAAAAUAUAUUUUCCUUAAUGAUUCUCUUUGUU